AUGGGGGCCCUCCGAACGGUUGCUCUUGUGAGAUAUCUCUCGGAUAUUGUUGGAAUCCAACUGACAGCGGCAAGAAAAACCCCCAUUGCUUUUUUCUAUCGACUCUUGUGGGUCUAUCUUCCCAAUGGAAUAGCCUGGAUGGACUCCCGCCUGUUUGGUGGGAAGCUAGUCAGAACAUGGAGCCGCUCCGGCAGCUAUAUCCUGCAUGAGAACCACCCGUUGGUCCUCACAUUCUUUAUCGGCUUGCUUGCGAUAGGCGAGUGCUUCUUCCUACCGGUGGCAUGGCCUCGGAUGUCCAGUACCCAUCAUUUCUGGGUCCCCGGCGUUGUCAUCUUACCAUAUGUGCUUAUCUACAAGUGUGUGACCACCAAAUCAUUCGUCACUCCAGAGAACCACGCGGAAGAGCUGAAACGGUACCCAUAUGACCGCGUGCUCUUCCACCCUGGACAUCUCUGCUCAACCUGCGAUUUUCUCAAGCCUGCACGCAGUAAACAUUGCAGUAUCUGCCAGGCCUGUGUCUCUCGACAUGAUCAUCAUUGCGUGUGGCUGAUGAAUUGCAUGGGGGCCAACAAUUACAAGUACUUCUUAUCGCUUCUUCUCGCGGUAUCAAUACUAUUGAUCUACGGCACCUUGCUCGGCUACUCCCUUCUUUGGCAAACUCUGCGAGAGAUUGUUCCGCCGGAUGUACAGGCUGCCAUGAAGGGUUGGUCCAUGUACCUCCAUGUCUGGUCAAUCGUGAUCACGAGGGAUCCAAAAAUUGGGACGGUCACACUGCUGAUGCUCAUGACAGCCCCGUUGGCGGUUGCUUUCUUGGUUUAUCACACAUAUCUCAUUUGGGCAGGUAUGACGACCAACGAGAGUGCCAAAUGGGCUGACUGGAAGGAAGAUGUUACGGAUGGAUUCGUUUUCAGGGCGAAACGAGGUCAGAUUCAGAAUGCUCCGCCAUAUGUGGAUCUCAGUGACCAGCCCUGGCCGGUGCAAAGCGAUCAAAUUCUGGUCACAGAUGGACAACCCCCAUUGGAAGGCUACGUUCUUGAAGGUACCUCCAAUCGAGUCUCUUAUCGUGGUGAUGUCAAUCGGGCGAGACCGAUCGACCCGCAGUGGGUGGAACUUCACAGUAUACGAGACCUUGACAACAUCUAUGAUAUGGGGUUUAGAAGAAAUCUGGUGGAUGCAUUUGGACUUUCAGUUCGACAGAAAGCCUUUGAUCCCAACUCUCCUGAUCUCAACCAUGAGGCGAAUGAGUAUGAUGACAAAUACGGUAGGCGUCUACGCUGGUCGAAGCUUUCGCAGCGCAAAAUGGCGGACAAAAAGCCGCUAUGUACUCCAGCGGAGCUCAUGCUGAAAGUGAUCCUCGCAGGAACUCUAAGCCAUUAUGAGACCCGCGGGAUGAUCGACGACAAGCGUCUGGAGCACAUGCUCGCCGCUGGAAAGCAGAUCCUGUACAAGACUCACCAGGAAAGCGAAGUUCGCAAUAAUCUCGGCAUGUCUCCGGACAUUUGGGCGGGUCUCACAGAUGUGCUCACCAAGGCGAUUCCGGUCCUUGAAUCCCAGUCAUUCGCAUGGAAGAGUCCCAGAGCUGCACUCGAGCACUCUUCGUCCAAUCUCAUUGCAUACAAUUAUUUCUCGCUAGUGAAGGAUAUCGAGCGACUCAACGAUCUGUGCACCAUCGCGAGGAACCUGCUUGCGACAACCAAAAUGGCUCAGAACCUGGCUGCUGAGAAGGGCUUUGACCAGCGAAUCCUCGCGCUUAUUGAUACCUGUGUGCGAGUUACGGCAAGGGGAUUCGACGGCGAAACAAACCCACGAAAUGAGGAGCGCUGGCAGAAGGUCGUCAAUCUGUACAAGCGACUUCUUAUAACAUGUCUUCAGUAUCUUCACAACUUCAUCAUGCACAAUGAACACCGGAAGAUGGUGCUGUGGUUGGAUCUUUUCGGGUAUCACUCGACUGCCGACACGAACAUUAUCCAACCCAAAGAAGCUUUGGACUCCACAGCUCGCAUUGAAGGAGUUGCACCCAUUGUGAAGGUCGGAGAACGUGUCAUCAACCCUCCCAUUCGAGCACUUUAUGAUCAGACUGCCGAGGACCUUCUUCUGGAGACCAUUGCAAAGUUCCCACGCGAGCCCUCCACCAUCAAGGAGGAAGCUGCAAUGCUCCUCCUCGCAAAUAUUAAGGACCACAUGGAGAAGAUUCUGGGGCGAGACUUGACAGAUAUUCAGGAGAUGGGCAGGGAUCCUGAGCAAGUCAAGUACAUUCGUGCUGCUUUGACUUCGAUCCUGGGAGCCAAAGUCGAUGGGUGGUCUGAUCUACAGGAGAGGGCUCGCGAAUUGCCCCCUGCCCUCCCAGAAGAGGAGGAGCACGAAGCUACUAGAAAAAAGACCAUCCUCACAAUCGAUCGUAGCAUGACUGCUGGCUUCCCACGACUGUGCUGGGCUGACUUCCCUGAAGUGAAAGCCUGGUUGGUAGACGCACCGGUAACAGAGGAAGAUACCAGCACGCCUCAAACAGCCGAAACAGCUGCUGAUACGCUGCAGGAUGCCAAGGACGAAUUGAUGGCCCGGUUACAAGAAGCUUCCCAGCUUGGGGAUGACGGUGCGGAGUACGACCACGGCGAUGCAGGCACUGUGGGUGAAGAUGAUGCGCACAGCUUGGAGGGCCACGCGGACGGGAGUGUCGAUGAGGAUGAAGAGGAGGAUGACGAUGACAUCGAUCGAGGUGAUGAUGGUGGAGAUGUGGACGACGACGAAGAUGAUGAUGAUUAUCGUGGUCGUCCUGGCGAUCAACAGCGCGGCUUGUUGACCGAUAUUCCUCUUGUGCUGGGACCCGCUGAAAUUGAGGCCUUACCUAUGAUCAUCCAGGCGGGUAUCGUCGACAGUUUCGGACUCAAGGGUGGUGAGCGAAAUGGCUCGCGCAACAUGCAAGCCCUAAGAUGCCAUAUUCUCCUCACGCAGGAAACUGGCCGGAACCUUCUCCGCGAGCUUUUGAUCUUCAUUGCUGCUUGGGAUCUUCCGGACGAUGAGCUUUACUUCAAGAUGAUGGUCCAAAUUAUGGAGGCGGUUCUCCGUAACGGUCUCAUGUCCCACGCCUACUCUGAUUUCGGUCAGCCCAAGGACAUAAUCUCUCCAGCUCAGGCAGUGGUCAUUAAAAUUCUGACGCACAUUUUCCGUGCGAAGUACUCGCCCGCCUCUGUGACAGGCAAUAUGCAGGGUAGCGUCCCGCGGACCCCUCCCCCCCUUAGCCGCGUGGAUAUCCUUACUGUGCGAUACAUUUUCACCAUCUUCCGCGGAAAUAUCAUCCCGGAAACGUGCGCUCUGAUUUACCUCCAGGGUCAAAUCCGCGCCGGACGCGCCUUGCCAGAGGAUUUCCCACUUAACUUGUGGGACAUGGAGCGCGUCUAUGAGGGUGUGUAUCAAUUCCUUGAGUUCUUCGCCGUGCUUACGGAGAACAAUGAUUGGAAGAACAUUCUUGUGAAGUGGGAGAUUGUCUAUGACCUGGUCACCCUCAUCAAGGAAUUGGAAGCCAGCAUCCCCAAGGGCCAGCUGAGCUCCCUCUCCUUCGGCUCGGUGCCUCCCCCACCCCCUCCACCCCGCAGUGCCUCACCUGGUGACCACUCCAAGCCUCCCUCGCCUACGCCGGUGGCCGUCGAGCGGCCCUAUGAUCCUAGCGAUCCAGCAGACCCGCUUGACAGCCAUGCCGGGAGCGUCGACUCCCGGCCCGAGUCUCCUCCCAUCACCGAAGAUCCCUCCGAGUUCGAGUGGCGCAAUCUUAAGAAGCUUGUCGUUCUGGUUCUAUCUUCGCUGGUGUGGAAAUGCCCCGAGGUCCAAGAGCAGAUUCGCCGCUAUGGCGGCGUGGAGGCUAUCUUGAUGUGCACCUCAUUCGACUCCAACAACCCCUACAUUAAGGAACAUGCGGUUAUGUGCCUCAAGUUCCUUCUGGAGGGUAACCGGGAGAAUCAGCGUCUGGUCGAGGAACUCGAGGCGCGUGAGGUGGUCAAGGAUGAUGGCGGCGUCUUGGAGCGUAGCGGUUAUGAGGCUAUGAUUGACAAGGCCGGCAAGCUUGCUAUUCGGCCUAAGGAUGCUUCGGCCUAA